CACAGGAUUGAAACGCCACUGGAGCAUGCUGGCGGCUGCAAUUACAAAUCCAGUACUGUUCUGCUUUGCAUCCAAUCAAGAAAGGGACUGAGAUGGAAACAUGGCCUGGUCUGUUUCUAUUUUUGGAAGUGUUUUCUUCAACAGUCCUGAGCUACCCAAAUGGGAAAAUUGGUAUGGCCUGUAAUUCUAUGUUACCCAUGCAUGGGACUUCUGCUCCACAGACCUCCCAACCACUAUAUGCCAUCUCUGUCUCUAGCACAACGUUUAACCCUGGUGAUGAGAUCACAGUAUCUCUAGCAGCGAUGAAUGACUCCAGUUUUAAGGGAUUUUUACUACAGGCCCAAGCAAUUGGAGGAACCGUCCCUGUUGGUGUUUUUCAAAUCAUAACUCCUAAAACCCAAGGUCUUGUGUGUAACAACAUUCAGAAUUCUUCUGUGAGUCAUACUGACAGCAGAAACAAGCAAAAUGUAUCUGCAAUUUGGGUUGCUCCUCCUGAUCUGAAGCGUGUUAUCUUCAAAGCAACGGUGCUUCAUAAUUUUACAGUUUUCUGGGCUGAGGUUCAAAGCCAAAUUCUUGUAUCCUCCAGUCCACCAGUUUUAAUGUCCUCAAAAGAAGUGUGUGGUGCACAGAAGUUCUGUUUCAGUAUCCCUGGAGGAUGCAGUCCACUUGACCCAGAAUGUUACUUUAUGAAAUCAGAGGCAAUUGAGAGUGGUGCUUUCAGAUUUGAAAUGAGUGGACUUUCAGAUGGAUACGUAGCUAUUGGCUUUUCUGAUGACACUAUUAUGGGCAAUGAUGACAUCUAUAUUUGUGGUAGGAAUGAUUCAGAUCACGUUGAUGUUCAACAUGCCUUCUCAACUGGACGUACUACUCCAAGUAUUAAACCUCUGGAGAAUGUGGAAAUUUUGGAAACAUCCUUUAAGAAUGGAAUCAUCAGAUGUUCUUUCAUUUCAAGAAAUGCCAUCUCAACUCAGUCAAGAACCAGUGACAGCUUGUAUUAUGUAUUUUUGGCUUAUGGGCCAUCAUCUGCUGGGAAGAUACUGAAGCAUUCAAGAACACCCUUCAUCACUAAACAGAAGGUGAACAUUUCAAGUUCUGGAACACAAGGUGGCUCCCAGUCUACACCCUUGAUUAUUAAGGCUCAUGGGGCUCUCAUGUUGGUUGCUUGGAUGACCACAGGCAGCUUAGGAAUGGUAUUUGCUAGGUACUUGAAGUCCAUUAAAAAGCCUCUUCUGGGAAAAGAUGUUUGGUUUCAGAUUCACUUUUGGAUGAUGUUGCUAACUGUAGCUGCAGCAAUAACUGCUUUCAUACUGGCCUUUGUAGCAAGAAAAGGAUGGAGUAGUGGUGCAGAAGUUCAUGCCAUUAUUGGAUGCAUUGUUAUGAUUCUGUCUUUCUUUCAGCCACUGAUAGCUUUUUUCCGUCCUUCUCCUCAAAAUAACAGGCUUGUAUAUCAUACAUUCAAUAAGAAUACAUUACGUCAAAGCUAUUUGGAAAAGAUGGAGAAGAACCAGGAAACUCCAGCAGGUGCAGAAAUGUACCAUGGUGCUGCAGUGAAGCAGGAAAACCCCCAACUUCUCAAAAGCAUUGAACCCAGCUCAGAUAAUGCGUGUGAAACUGGUCUUUGUAAUAUGGAAGCAGAAACACUUAGACACAGUGUUUUGCAUUGCAUCAACAGGAGGUUCAUUUUUAAUUGGUUUCACAUGCUUAAUGCAUUAGUCAUCAAAAUAUUGGCAGAUGCUGACCUAUUUUUGGGAUUAAAAAUGCUCAGCUCUCCUAACCACUGGAUGGUUAAAACCAUGGGCGGCUUUGUAGGUUGGGAGGCACUGAUAGCCAUUGCACUGGAUGUAAAUCUCUGGUUGAAAAAGAGAGAAAUUUAUGACGAUUCACAAGCAAAGGUGAAAAGUGAAAUAUUACUACUGCUAAUAUAUCUAUGUGGCAGUCUGGGAUUUGUAAUAGCCCUUCUUGUGGGUAUUGGAAAAAGUUAACAUGGUGGAAGAAUGAAAAGUUUUGCUACUCACUUAUAUCACAAAAGGAGAUGAUAGACCAUUCUAAUUUCCUCAGUUCAGCUUCUAGCAGUAACUAUUGAGUACUUACUGAAAAGACAGUGGUUAAGAGUACUGCAUAAUUUU